AUGACACGCUUCCGGCCCUGCAUCGACCUGCACGCAGGCCAGGUCAAGCAGAUCGUCGGCGGCACCCUGGACAGCAGCACGUCGGAGCUGAGGACCAACUUCGUCUCGCCCCAUCCGCCUGCCCACUUUGCCCGCCUGUACCGCGACGCCAACCUCGUCGGCGCCCACGUCAUCAUGCUCGGUCCGGGCAACGACACCGCCGCCAAGGAGGCCCUCGCCGCCUGGCCCGGCGGCCUGCAGGUCGGCGGCGGCAUCACGGACAAGAACGCCGCCGAGUGGAUCGCCAACGGCGCCGACAAGGCCAUUAUAACCUCCUUCCUCUUUCCUGAAGGCCGCUUCAGCCAGUCAAGAUUGGACGCCGUGCUCGCAGCCCUGGGCAAUGACAAAUCCAAGCUCGUCAUCGACCUGUCGUGCCGUCGACGUGACACGGGCUCCGAGCCAAAGUGGGUUGUUGCAAUGAACAAGUGGCAGACACUGACCGACAUGGAGGUCAACAAAGGCAAGCGGCGCCACUCCAUCACGAAGCUCGAACCAUACUGCUCCGAGUUUCUCAUUCACGCUGCGGAUAACGAAGGUCUUCAGGGCGGUAUAGAUGAGGAUCUUGUUCAAAGCUUGGCCGAGUGGUGCUCCAUACCCGUGACGUACGCCGGGGGUGGCAGAAACCUCGACGACCUCGACGCAGUCAAGAGAUUGAGCAAUGGCAAGGUCGACCUGACCAUCGGCAGCGCCCUGGAUUGCUUUGGCGGGAGCGGCGUUAAGCUGGAGGACUGCAUUGAGUGGAAUAGACGACAGGAAUAG